AUGGACAGGUCACCCUCCCCAUCUCGCUCCCGUUCUCGUUCGAGGACGCGGUCCCCUGCCCCCACCAAGGGGAAAGCAGCGACGACUGGACGACCUGAUUCUCGCUCACUGUCAAGGUCGAGGUCAAGGUCGCGUUCUCGCUCGCGUUCCCCAUCCCGUUCCCCAUCCCGUUCUCGUUCCCGUUCUCGCUCUCGUUCCAGAUCAAGAUCAAGGUGACACCACCCUCUUCCCCCGUUCACUCUCUCGCCUCCGCAACUCACCCCCCUUUGCGUAAAACCAACCCCCAACAGAUCGCGCGACAUCGAUGACGAUCUUCCUCGACCGCCUUACGUGAUCCGUAUCAACAGGUUGACCAAGAACGUCGAUCGCUCCCACCUCGAAAUCAUCUUUUCACCCUAUGGCAAGAUCCUCGAUAUCGACUUGCCGUUCGAUCGACGAUGUGAGUCUUCUUCGACCCUGCAAACGGAGCGCAGAAACGAGAGCGAGAUUGACACAUCUCUUCUCCGUUUCCGGAGUUAUCAGUCGGUACGCACAGAGGUACAGCGUGGAUCACCUACUCCACCUUGUCCCAAGCCGAUAAAGCGGUCGAUUGUAUGGACUUUGGUCAGAUCGAUGGUUCGGAAGUGACGGUCGUGUUGGAGAAGCCGAUCAAACCACCUCCGCCACCCCCUUCCAGAGCGGGUUGGGGUGGUAAUGGCAAUGGCAAUGGGAAUGGCAAUGCGAGGUAUGGGCCUCCUCCUCAUUUGGGUGGAUACAAUGGCCGAGGUGGAGGUGGUGGAGGAGGGAGGGGAGGGAUGUACGGUGGUGGAGGAGGAGGAGGGGGGCAGACUAGACGCCCUUCCCCACCUGUUCGGAGGGGUUCAUGGGGUAGAAGGAGUCCGAGUCCUGCGAGGGCUUACAAGAGGGGCAGGAGUUGGUCCAGAAGUGUGUCGAGGAGUAGGUCCAGGAGUCCGAGGAGGAGGUCGAGGUCACGCUCGAGGUCACGCUCGAGGUCGAGGUCAAGAUCGAGGUCCCAGAACCGCCGGGCGAUGUCGAUAUCCAAGAGUCCUCUACCAGCUCGUGACGACGACACAGUCAAAGCACCCGAGAAGAGGGAGGAACGCGGUCGGAGUCGUACUCGAAGCAAGUCAGUCUCCCCUCGUCCUACUGCUGCCGUCGACGAAGCUUUGGACCAAGUUCCUAAAAUCGACGAGCUCACCGCGGCGGAAAAGGAUGUCGAUAUGCAAGAGCUCAAGGACUGA